GAAAGACUCUGUCUGGUUCGGAAGUUUUACUUAAUUAGAGAAAAAAAAUAAGAAUACCCAAAAUCAUCGAAAUUCUGAGCCAUCGGGGAGAAGAUGAAGCGGACGGCGAUGGACAACGCGAUGAGAUCGGGGGUGGUGGUACUGGGAUCUCUGGCCUUCGGCUACUUAUCUCUGCAACUCGGAUUCAAGCCUUUCCUCGAUAGAGCCGAAGAAUUCGAACGCUCUCUUCAAUCUCCUCCUCAACAGCAGCAACUUCAAGGAGAUGAACCAGAAGGUUGGUGGGAAGAUAGUAACAAGGAGAGGUGGGAGCAGAAAAGGUAGAGACUUGGGGUCGCAAUGGCUGCGUAAGGUAGAACCUUGUUUAAUACCCAUUAGGGCAGUUGCAAACAUUGAUGAGCCGCUGUCAAACCACAGCCGAUUUCUCUUCAGAUCUCAGCUUUGAUUGUAUUGUAUCAAUGUUGGCACAUAUCUUUUAAGAGCCAUGAUAUCAUAUGUGAAGAAAUGAUCUUUAAAUCCGAUGUGUACUAUCUGCCAUUGCCAUUUUUCGAUC